CAUUUUUCGACUUCAUUUUUAUUCUGCGAUUUUUGUGUGGUUGCCCUGUGUGUGUUUUUUUAUUUGGGACAACUUGGCAUUUGUGUGAUUCUGAUUCUCCCUGCCAGGCGCAAACGUAGUAAAGAAAAAAAAAAAGAAAAAUUAUUAAAGAAGUAACAGAACUACAUACCAACCACACACAUCAUACAAAAAAAUACUUACUGUGCAAAAAAAAAAUUAAUUACAUUAAAAAAAGAAGAAAAUCCCUUUCACUUGUGAAAAUUUAUCCAAAGUUUCCAAUAAAAAAAUAAAUUCCACAAAAGAACUUGUGUGUACAUGCAAGACUUGAUAAAAAAGUCGAACAAGAAAAAUUCAUUGGAGCCACAUACAAAAAAAAAGUUGAUGGUGGAGCACCAUCAUUGUCAUCGAUUGAGAAAAAAAGGGGGCGGCGGUACGUAAAAAAAUAUCACGCACUACAAUUUUUACAAAAAAAAGUAAAAAAAAAACCACAAUGAACAUAAAAUAGUUUUCUCAGUGAUCAAAAAAAUUGAAGGAAAGUCUGAAGAAAUUCAUAAAGAAAAAGAAAAUAAUAAAACCAACAAACAACACGCCCUUUUUGUUGCAAAUUAAAAAAGAAUAAUCUCUGGAUUUCAAAGAAUUAUUACAAUACUCAAAGUGGUCCAAUAAGACUACACAUUCACAAAAAUCUGAAAAAAAAACCACCUCGUAUACUUCCUUCAAUUCGUUUUUGACUUAACUCGAACAACGGAGACUCACAAAAGAGAUCUCCAAUUCGUAGUCAAAUUUUAGACAGAGUGUAAACUUGAUAAUAAUCUUUCUUUCUUUAAUUUUUUUUUAUCGGCACCAAGGCCGAAGAAUCUUGAAAGUGCGAGUUCAUUGAUAGAUUUUGAUUGAUUUCCAAUUGAAGAACAACAAGAAUCUUUAUUAAAGAAAUCAACUCUGCGAGGAGCAGAAGAGAAAGAGAGAGCGAGAUAAAGAGAGAAGGAAGAGGGAAAAGUUUUUGUUAGUUCAACACCAAAGGAACAUAUAAACGGCCUAAUCAUUGCUAUGGCAGGGCAAACAAUGCAAGACAGAUUCUUGGCCGCUAGACAUAGUUUAGCUGGCCAAGGUCUGGCUAAAUCGGUGUGUAAGGCGACAACGGAAGAAUUGAUUGGCCCGAAGAAGAAGCAUUUGGAUUACUUGGUUCAUUGUACCAACGAACCCAAUGUCUCAAUACCGCAUUUAGCGAAUUUACUUAUUGAAAGAUCACAAAAUGCCAGCUGGGUUGUUGUAUAUAAAGCUUUGAUAACGGCCCAUCAUCUCUUGGCCUAUGGAAAUGAGAGAUUUAUGCAGUAUUUGGCUUCGAGUAAUUCAACUUUUAACUUGAAUAGCUUUACGGAUAAAGGUGGUGUACAAGAGGGCAUGGGAGCAGUUGGGGCAAGAAUGGGCUACGAUAUGUCACCGUUUAUUCGCAGAUAUUCUAAAUACCUGAACGAAAAGGCUCUUUCAUACCGAACUGUUGCAUUUGAUUUUUGCAAAGUUAAACGAGGAAAGGAAGAAGGAUCUUUGCGGACCAUGAAUGCUGAUAAGCUUCUUAAGACUCUACCAGUAUUGCAAGCUCAAUUAGAUGGACUUCUCGAGUUCGAUUGUCAAGCAAACGAUCUUACGAAUGGUGUCAUCAACAUGAGCUUUAUGCUAUUGUUUCGUGAUCUCAUACGCUUGUUUGCAUGCUACAACGAUGGAAUUAUCAAUUUACUCGAAAAGUAUUUUGAUAUGAACAAAAAACAAGCUCGUGAUGCUUUAGACUUGUACAAAAAGUUUUUAGUUCGAAUGGAUCGUGUUGGCGAGUUUUUGAAAGUUGCAGAGAACGUUGGUAUUGAUAAAGGUGAUAUACCAGAUUUGACAAAAGCCCCUAGCUCAUUGCUUGAUGCAUUGGAACAACAUCUUGCAACUUUGGAGGGUAGAAAAGGUUCCGCUGCAAAUACUCCAACUCAAUCGGCGAGUAGCAACCAAAAGAACGUAAAGAGUGCUGUGUCUGCCCUAUCUUCUACUAGCUCUUCAUUUGGCACUGCAGCUGCAUCGAGUAAAUUCGACAACACCAAUGGCAUCGAUGACAAUAUUAAAGCUCAAGCCUUGGCCGAAGAAGAAGCUGCCAUGAACCAGUACAAAUCGAAAGUUUCAUCGCCCAGCGGGAGUGGAGGUGCUGCGGCUAAUGCUCUUACAAAUCCAUUUUUAUCAUCCCCUCCAGCAUCACAAGGCAAUGCUCCAAUAGUGGAUCUAUUUGGUGUGUCGGCUGCACCAGCGGCUAGCACAACAAAGGCUUCCGAUGAUCUAUUGCAGUUGGGAAAUCCAUUCGCUGAUAUGUUUGAUGCUUCAGCAGCUCCAGCUCCGGCCGGAGGUCCAGGUGCUAAUAAUAUUUGGCUGAAUAAUGGUUACUCAACGGCAUCUCUCUUUACGACUCAAUCAGGUUUCAAUGGCUCAGCAACAGGUGGUCAAGGUUCAUCUGCAAAUGCUUUUGUUUCGGAUAGUAACUUUUCGUCGGUAUUCGGGAACACAGAACCAACAGCUGCUCCAGCCGCUGCCGCCAACGCCGCCGCUGCAGCUGGCAUUAUGGACCUCUCUUCAAAUCAAGCAUUGCCAAAUCCAUUCUUUGAUGAUACGGAUAGUAUGAGUUCAGAAUUUACAAGUUUUCAACCUCAACAACCGCAAUUGCAACAGCAACAUCAACAGCAGCAACAACAGCAGCAGCUGCAACAACAACAACAACAACAGCAGCCAAAUUAUUUUGCCACACCACCAGGCUUCGAUGCAUUGGGUGAUGUAUUGAAGCCCGGCAAUACUGCGGGCAGUAGCACACUAGCAAUGUCCGGUGUUCCAAAUCCAACUGAUGUUGUUGCUUCAGGUGCAGGUGGUUUCCAACAACAACAACAACAGCAGCAGCAACAACUUGGACAAGGUGCAUCCCAGCCAUCUGGUACUGGAAAAAUUCUGACUGGUGAUCUGGAUAGUUCGCUAAUGUCGCUGGUAGAUAAUUUAAAUAUAAAUAAAUCGGGAAGCACAAAACCCGUGCAGUGGAAUUCCCCGAAAAACCAAGCAAAGCCUGGUGCUAAUUGGACACCACAACCCAUGGCGGCAACAACAGGUGCAGGUUAUCGCCCAAUGGCUCAUGGCAUGACAGUUAGUCCUGCGCCAGUCACAAUUAAUCAUCCGUUUAUUCACCCUACUUAUCCUGUGUUACCUAACUACAUACAGCAGGGGAUGCCAGUUAUGGGAGCGCCAAUGAUGGCAACGAACAACAUGCAACCUAUGACUGGGGCGCAGCAGCCAGUGAUGCCGCCAAUGAUGGCAAUGCAGCCAACAGUGGCAGCGCAACCACACAGCAGUCCCGCCCAACAGAAUGGCAAUAAAAACAUUCAAUUAGAUCCAUUUGGAGCGUUAUAAGUGAUAUAAUAAAAUAUAUAUAUAUACAAAAUAAAAAUCUCUUAAAUCCGCGCAUCCACUAAAACAAUACUAUUAAAUGUUAAAUAAAUUAAAUUAUGUAGUUAUGUACUAUCACACUUAUUAUUGAAAAAAAGAAAGAAAACAAAAUGCUAUAUAUAUUGAAAACUAUUGAUUGUGCUAAAACAUAAUUUACAUGCAACCUAUACUUUCAAAAUAAUAAGUAAUUAAAUCUUAAAUUUCCCUUCUAUAUAUACAUACAAAGAUAUAUGUAUAGAUAUUGUAUACACAAUCCAUACACUAUAUGGAAUACAAAUUAAAAAUUAUGAAUAUACACAAAACGAGUACAUAUGUAUAAAAAACAACAAAAUUAAUUAAAAAAAAAAAACAAAAAAAAAAAAUAAUAAAA